AUGGUUUUCUUGCACUCAGACCGGGCACUUCUUGGACAACUCUAUGAGGAUUUCCUCAGUGCAGGGGAGGACUGGCUACAAUCGAGCCUUGUCAUCAACUCUAGCCGCAAGGUUUCGAGCAAACGCCGUGGGAAGUACAGGAUGUCCAUGUACAAGGAUCUGAAGAGUCUGUACGGAGCUGGCGUUGCACGCCAGCUCCGGGAUGCCAAAAGGGAUCUCGAACAGCAAAAAAAGGAGGGUGAUCCAAUAGUCUAUUGGUGCGAGCACCCUGACUUCAAGGGUAUGGGGAAGGAGGACCCGGGUUUGCAAGACCUGGAAUUGGUGAGGGUCUGGGAUUCGCUCGUGUAUGAGGAUGAUUGCACAGAUGAGCUGAGCAUGGCCCUGAGCGCUGAAGGGUCCUUUGACGCGGCACAAACCCGUCAGGUGUUGCAUCUUGUCCCCAAGUGUGAGAGAGCCACCGCAGCUGACAUGAACCGCUUGCAAGCGGGGGCUCUUGGGCUCCAUGCUGAUGCCACCGACUUGAAGCCUGGCCUGCAGCAGGAGGACAAUGGUCCGAGGAGGCCCAAAAAGGAGAAGACUGCCGCACAAACGGUGGCUGCCAAGAUCUCGGUACUUAGUGCCAAGAAUGCGGAGAUCAUGUCAUGGUCAGCCAGAGUCUCUGACUCUGACAAGUCAUCUACGCUGAAGGAUGGUUUCCGCAAGGAGUUGGAUGCCCGCAGAGACAACUUGGCCAGUGUGAGGGGUGAAUUUGAAUCCCUGUAUGCUCAAAGAUUGGAUGAUGUCAAGGAUAGACCCGACUUGGUAGCCAAAGUGGAGACUGUCCUUCGGAGUUGUGAAGCGGCUUUGACAAGCUACAAUGGUACAUUGAAAUCCAUCAAGUUGGCGAUUGAUACUCGCUUUGCAACCGAUGUGUUGUAUUACUAG